GACAUCCUCGAUAAUGUGCUGACAUGAACUUUCUGUAAGUAAUUUUUUUUACUCUUCAGAGUAUGCAACACUAUCAUACACGUUCGUAGAAGAUGGUUGCAUACUCUACGGGAUUAAAAAGAUUGCUUACUCAGAGAUGGCACUCAUAGUAGUAACAUUAUCGACAAUGUCUACAGUGUUGUAUAUCUUCAGGCGCAUUAACCAAUAUAAAAAAUCAUAAAUUAACACGAAUCACUGUUUCAACGUCACAUCAUAACAUUAAAAGUAUAAAAUAGACAAACGGAAAGAGAUAAAACAAACUGCGAUUUAUAUUGAUAUUCAUGUUAGAUAUUUUUUAGGAAAUUCGUUCAAUAUUUCACAACAAAAUUUUACACCUAGCAUGACGAUGAAUAGCGAAUAAAAUAGUUUGGGGUAAUUAUUUAUCAUUAAUUAGACAGCACGUUUCUUACGAUUGUUUUUCCAUCACUGAAAGCUAAGUAAUACUUUUAGACAACACUGGAACUUCUAGAAUAAGCUGUCUAACGCUUAUAGGCCUAUGUGAGAUACAUUAAUUACAGAUUGUUAGAAUGAUAGACUUGACAGUUUAUUCCAGGAAGGAAUAAUAAGAUAUCCCAUCUAUCCAGAGAAUGAAAAAAAAGAAAUAUAAGAAACUUGCUACACUUAUUAUCGACCAUUCUAUAUACGAGUAUAAUUACACGUUUCUAACAAUUUACUUUUUAAAAACUACUUAGAAAGAAAUGUCAUAUUGAAGAAAAUGAAGAGACUUAAGAAAGAAGAGAAAAGAAUCAUUAAAUUUGCAAACAUCUGUCUUGCCUAUGACUUAUCAACUUCAUGUCUGUUUCUUGAAGAAGAUAGAAAAAAAGAGGGUUUCAAUAUUUUAUUAGGGUACGUCUAGUUCUCACUAGUCACUUUUCUCAUUCUCCUUUCGUUCAGAAUGUUUCACGCCUCUUUAACAACCUUAUGGAUUUUUUCGAUCAUCCCUACUAUAGGGUUAGCAAACUUUUGUUAUCAAUGGUGGGUCAGUGGCCUGAUCAAAAUCCUAAUAUACGUUUACUUUCGUUGUGUUUUGUUACUCUUCUGACUACCUCUAUUAUUAUUACUGAGGUUUUACUCUUGUAUUCUUCUAAAGGAGCUUUAGAAUUCACUGCUGAUGCUAUUGCAGGAAUAGCACUUAUGACAACUAUUUCUGUCAAGUGUCACACAUGUUAUUUCGCUGGUGAUAUGAUAAAAAAGCUUUUAAAUAAGAUUGAAGACGAGUGGAAAUUAUGGAAAUCCAAAGAAGAGAUCACUAUAAUGGAAAAUUAUGCUAAAGAAGGAAGAUUUUAUAUAAUAGGAUACAUAAAAACAUACUCAGUUUUUUUCUCUCGUCUAGUAUACAUUUACACAACUGUGAUUCUAAGUUUUUUGACAUCAUUUUUACCAAAGAUCUUUGAUUUAAUUUCUCCAUUGAACGAAUCUCGUCCAUUGAGACACGUAAUUAUGAAUGAAUAUUUUGUUGAUUCACAAGAAUACUUUUAUCCGAUUUAUUUCCAUAUGACUUCGGUUAUUAUGAUUGGUAUAACAUGUUUUCUCGCAAACGAUGCUAUUUUUCUGGUUUUUACUUCGCACGUUUGUGGUUUGUUUACGGCUGUUGGAUAUCGGUUAGAACAUUUGUUGAAGGAAAACAAUACUGAGAAAAUUUCUUCGAAUCGUCAAUCUAAAGAAUGCUCUCGAAGUUUCAUACGUUUUAUUAAGGCGCAUAAAAGAGCUGUAGAAUUCGCUGAUCUAAUGGAAUCAUAUUUUUCAUUGCCAUCGUUACUAAUAACAGGAAUGAAUAUAAUUUGUUUAAGUGUCUCUCUUCUGCGUGUUGCAGUAUUACUAGGAAAAUCAGUAGAAGUAUUCAAAUUCACUGCAUUUACUGGAGCUCAACUUUUCCAUAUGUAUUGCAUUAGUUUUGUCGGACAAAGAAUAAUAGAUCAUAGUAGUGACAUUUGUUUCAAAGCAUAUAGUGGAUUAUGGUACGAUGCACCAAUGGCAGUACGUAAAAUGUUACUGUUAGUUAUUCGAAGGAGCCUCAGACCUUCUUAUUUAACAGCAGGGAAAAUAUUUGUAUUUUGUUUCGAAAGUUUCUCUACGGUCGUGCAGACGUCCAUGUCAUAUUUUAUGGUCCUUUCGUCGAUACAAGAAGCGUGAUUAAAUUUCCUAAAGUUUAAAAUAUAUUACAUACAUUAUAUAUAUACAUACAUAAACUAUGACGUUACCUGAAGUAAAAGUGGUUGGAUUCGAAAAUGCAAUUUACAUAUUUGGUCAAAUAGUUCCAUAGGUGAUAUACAUAUAAGGUAUAAGAUUGAUAUGAAGGUAUGUUAGUACAUGAUAGAAUUACUUAAAUUUUGAAAUAGAAUUACUUUAAUAACUUGUAAGCAACUUUUUUUACUCUUCACAGUAUGUAACACAACCAUACAACUCUGUAGAAGAUGGUUGCACACUCUAUGGGAUUAACAAAAUUGCUUACUCAGAGAUGGCGCUCAAAGUAAUAACAUUAUCGACAGUGUCUGAAGUGUUGCAUAUCUUCAGGUGCAAUAAUCAAUAUAAAAAAUCAUAAAUUAACAUAAAUCACUGUUUCAACGUCACAUCAUAGUGUUAAAAGUAAAAAUA